GCCAGGCGGACGAGACGGGCACAGAUCGUUUCAGACCGUAUGAGAAGAAGAUAAUCCAAAUCACAACGGAUUUCUCUCCCUUUUCUUUAGUGUUUGUCAACAACGCAACCACGAACAGGCGUAUAGCGUUUGAUGAAGUCAGUCUGAGGUAGUGGGAGUGAUCAUGAAGUCCACUCCUUCUCCUCCUCCAGUAUUUGUUCGUGUCAGCGAGCGAGACCUGACAGAGAUUGAGCUCCAUUCGGUCGAUUCCAUCAAUGACCUGCACCGCACACACUCUGAACAGCACAGCAAAGGUGUUCAGCCACCCCGUCCACCACCUCCUUCCUCCAACGGGAACCUCCAGAUGCAAGAUCGGGCAGUUGUCUAUCAAACAGGUCAACCAGCCUGUAUGAGCCGACUGAAUGACAUUUGCACUUCCACUAGACGACACUAUUUCUUAGCAUGUGCAGCCAUCAUUGCGUUUCUCCUCAUUCUCAUUCUUAUCUUCAGUUUUUUAGUCAUGCAGAGCAGUGCUCUCCACACACUUCUGGAGAUGGUGAAACAGAAACAGGAAACAGCUGAGGAAAUCUCCCAACUCUUACAACAGUUGCAGCAGAGCAGAGACCAUAAGAACAUAUCACUCGACAGCAGAAACACUACUGCACUGUGAAAACACUGAG